AACUUAAAGUUGAAUUCCUCCAUAACACUCCAGCACUGCAGUUCAACUAUUUGUUUAAAGCUGUUACACACAUUUUCAUAUGAAAUAUUGGUGAGAAGGCCCAUGGAUUAUAAAGUGAGUAUGACGCCUGCAAUUGUAUCUCCUUCUUAAAACUGUAUGCACUUUAUUUUUUCUAGAAAGACUUCAUCCAGCAGUCAUUACAGAAGCAUCAAUAAUUACCGACCAUUUGUGAAGAAGCACGAGCCCACAGGAUGAUCUUAUCUACAUCAGGAAGGAUAUUUUAAUACUGCAUGUCUCUUCAUGAUUUGAGGAUACCUAAACCAAGGUGCAAAACAAUCUGCUGUGUUAAAAGCUGUUCAGUGUGAGCUUUGUGAAAAAGGGAAGGAAGCCCAGGCUGUGUACUUUUUAAAAGAAGUUAGAAAUCAACUUCCGUUCCCAAUAUUACAUUGCAUUUGUUUCUCUAUAGUUCCUGUUUUCUCUUCAUAUGCUGCAGUUUCGAUCUUUCUAUUUUCACAAAGUAGAAGAAUUUAUCAUAAACAGAGGAGCAGAUUAUAAGUGUUGGAUGUGAAGAUGGGACACACUUUUCUCUCUUUACUGGGGUUUCUCUUGCUGAAUUUACUUUACCAUGGAGAAGCUCAAGAUGCUGCGCUGACCAUUGAGCCAAACUGGACAAUCUUUUUUUCUGGAGAGUCUGUGACCUUCAAGUGUGACAUUACAGGAGGCAAAGGCAGCGACUGGUCUUACGCAAUCCACAAGAAUGGUCAAGACUUUCUCUCUUACGGCAAACAUGAGAGCUAUAAAUCACCCCUUCUAUAUACAGGCGACACUGGUGAAUACCAAUGCUUUUUUCAGCACGGAAGAUCAACACAAAUAAGCAAUAAAAUCGAUCUAACUGUAUCAGCAAAACCAAAGGCACAGCUGAAUGACAUAUUUCCAGGACGGGGCAAUGUGACUCUAACUUGCUCUGUAGGUCCAUCAUCAGCUUCUGGUUGGAGAUACUUCUGGUACAAAAAAGAGAAAACCUCUGAACCCCUGAAGACACAAGAUGUUUUUUUCCUCACAAAUGACCAAAUCAGUGUCUCACGAGGAGGCGUCUACUGGUGCAGAGGAAGAAGAGGAAACCCUGUUUACUACACAGAGUACAGCGAUGCAGUCGUCACAAACAGGGCUGUUGUGACCCUGCGACCCAACUGGCCUGAGAUGUACUCUGGAGAAACGAUCACAUGUGAAAUUAAGGAUGGAGGAGACUCUGAGUGGGAUUACAUAUGGACGACACCUGGGUCAGAAACACCUCCGACAUCUGAUCCUAAACUUACUCUGACCUCACAAAGUGGAGACUACAGGUGUAAGGGCAGACUGAAAGGUGAAAUGCCUUCAACGCAUUGGAGUGAUGUCCUCACAUUAUCUGACAAAAGACCUCUGCCUGUCCUCACUGUGUCUCCAUCAUGGCCGAGUCCUGGAGCCUCAGUAACUCUGAACUGCAGGGUUGAUCAUCCUUCUGCUGGCUGGAGCUUCUACUGGUAUAAGGCUGUUCCACAACUGUCAGGCAACUUCUACAGCUAUGAGCUGCUAGCUGGCAGCAAGAAUGGGACUGAACAGGAUCUCUUCAUCAUUGAUGGACACACACACACAGCAGGAUAUGUGUGCAGAGCAGGAAGAGGAGAUCCAGUGUUUUACAGUUGGUACAGCAAUCCUGAGUUUGUCUGGUCUGGAGAUAUUAACUCAGCAGCGUCUCUCACAGUGAGUCCUGACAGUGUGCAGCACUUCACCAAAACGCCUGUGUCACUGAGCUGUGAGGGAAACUCCACUGAGUGGAGAGUGAGGAUGUUUUCUAAACCUGACUACCUUCUUCCCUGUUCUUCCUGGGGGACAAUGACUGGAUCCACAUGCACAAUAACCAGAAGCUGGCUUAGUGGAGUGUACUGGUGUGAGUCUGAAACAGGACAGUUCAGUAAUGCAGUCAACAUCACUAUGGAGUAUGGUGAAAUGAUCCUGGUGAGUCCUGUCCGACCUGUGGCUGAGGGACUUCCUGUCACUCUUAGCUGCAAGUUAAAGACAGGAACUGUUCUUUAUGAUGUGGAUUUUUAUAAAAAUGACAAACUCAUCCAGAACGAUACCAGAAGGGAGCUGACCAUCUCUGCAGUGUCAAAGUCAGACGAAGGCUUUUAUAAAUGUAAACGGAGAGAUUCAGUAGAUGGUAGGACCUCAUCAAAGAGUUGGUUCUCAGUCAAAUCAGCGUCCGGGCAUGGAGAAGCCUCUGAAUUUCCCGUCCUGCUGAUCGUUGGGCUGCUUUGUGGAGUUUCACUGAUUAUUCUCCUGCUGCUGUUCCUGUAUUUAUACAGGAAGUCAAAAGAUUCAUGCUAUAGCAGAUCUCAGAGGACCAAUCAGAGCCCUGCUACAGACCACAUGAUCAACCAGGACGAAACUAACCAAAGAGAAAAUGCUUCUGUUGUCCAGGAUAAUGCCUGUCUCUAUGCAACAGUCAGAGGCCCUGAAGAACCUGCAAAUGAUGAAUAUACGGAUGUGACAUAUUCUGUUGUGGAGCUCAAAAACAUUUCUAAGAAGGGGAAGAAAAAUGAACCGGAGGAUUGUGUUUACUCAGAUGUGCAGAUGGCAUCAGCUGCAGGGAAGUCAAGUCCUGCACCAGCGGAUGAAACUGUUUAUUCUGAACUCAAACCAGGAACAGCUCUUGGUAAAAAUGCAGCGUAACAUCAUAUCAAACAAUGUCUUCUGUAAGGACAAGAGGAAUGGAAACAACAUACCAAAACUAAACCUUAUUUGCAGCUUUGCUCUCCAUUUAUCCGACAGUAUUUUGUACAGUUAAUGUAAUGGCAAGUCAUUUAAAGAAAAUGCAUCAUAUGGCUUUAAUCUAGGUGUAUUUAAAAAAAAAAGCUUGCUUUGUUUUGCAUCAAUAAACUUGAUUUACUUAA